AUGAGUCGGCCAAUUGAAAAAGCUUUAGGAAAUCUGAUACCUCGCCACUCCAAAGCCCUUCCACCCGAACUGGUCGACCUUGCCAGCUCUCUCCUCGUGCAAUCUCGAAGCAAAUGUACUCUUAAGGCCGAAGAAGAAGUAGCACGCGUAUAUCUUGGCAUGACAGCGACACCCGUUCCAUGUCGGGGAAAACCAGUGGCAAAGAGGCGCCAAACUAAAUCUAGCAACAUACCUGCCCCGUCGCCUAGGCCAGCGCAGCCAUCGCCGAGCAAGGUCGAAUCAACAGCAGGAGUCCGCAUGCAGCAACCAGCUAUACGAAAGAUAAAUGGCGCCGCCGUGCGUGCGCGCUACUCGACUCUUCCUAUGUGGGUGGGGCCAGUGGUACGGUUUGUUUGCAAGAAAAUGGACACUUGCAAUGCGAUUCCCCACGUACUUGCCGGCAUCGAAAGUAUCACUUCUCUACCCAGGCCGCGAAAGCAGCAGGCCGAACUCUCAGAUACGACUAACCCAGAAUUUAAGCUUCCGGCCCUGAUCGCUGCCGUUUGGUUUUUUGUAGUCGUCAAGAUGCACGGUCGGGAAGAACAGUGGCGUGAGAAUCUGGAGAGAAAAAAGCUGAUUCGUGACCACCUUGCCGCAGCCAAAGAAAAUCAAAUGUUACUGGAGAGAAUUGGAUCUAGUGAUGAGGCAUGGGAAAGCUGGGUUAAAGUAACAGAAAGAGAUGUCAAUAUAUGGAGAAAUGAAAUUGUCAACGGAAAUUGGAAAGAGCUGGAUUGGUGGAUUAAUAUCGAAGAGGGGAUCGGUGUACGAAACAAGUUCCAGGACGAUGAAGAUGAACUAGCAAAUUCAGACACAAGUGGAGAUUCUAAUCGUCCAGACUAUGUACAAGCCCGUAGGAUUAAUGAUGUAAUUUGGGAUAAGUACGACUACCUUAGUACACCACGAAAAUUAGAAUACGAGGCAUGGAGAUGCAAUAUCCAGUCUCAAAUCGAUCAGAUGAGUACAGAUAAAGAUUCGGUCAGGUCAAAAUAA